AUGGGGAGGGGUAAGAUUGAGAUCAAAAGGAUUGAGAACUCAAGCAACAGGCAAGUUACAUAUUCAAAGAGGAAGAAUGGGAUCCUUAAGAAGGCAAAGGAAAUUAGUGUUCUAUGUGAUGCUCAAGUUUCCCUUAUCAUCUUUGGUGCCUCUGGAAAGAUGCAUGAAUACAUCAGCCCCUCCACCACGUUGAUUGACGUCCUAGACAGAUACCAAAGAGCCUCUGGGAAGACCCUCUGGGACGCUAAGCAUGAGGUUAACACAAUAUCGUUGUUGAACUCACUGCAGAACCUCAGCAAUGAAAUUGAUAGACUCAAAAAAGAGAAUGACAGCAUGCAAAUUGAGCUCAGGCACUUGAAAGGGGAGGAUAUUACGUCACUGAAUUACAAGGAACUGAUGGCCCUAGAGGACGCCCUUCAAAAUGGCCUCAAUGGCGUCCAUGAAGUUAAAUAUUUGCGCACUCCUUUAGAAAGAGAAUAUCAAGUUUUAGGGACGUGUCCUAAGAGGAAAAAUAGAAAGAAAGGAGAAAAUGUUGAUGAAUGA